CUGCACUGUUCAAUGGAAGACUAACAUAAACUAGAGAAACAUCAUCUUCAAUCAGCCUUCCAAACCACUCGGAAUUCAACACCUUCAGAAAAACAAACCUCAUACAUAAACAUGAGGAAAUCUGCAGAUGCUGGAAAUUCAAGCAACACACAUCAAAGUUGCUGGUGAACGCAGCAGGCCAGGCAGCAUCUCUAGGAAGAGUUUAUAUCCAAUGAAGAUGUCAAUACAUACUUCGGACUUCUAAAGCAAGUAAUUUAGCAAAUUCUCCAAUGCAAACUAGUUUGGAAAAGGUACUCCACCAUUCACAGCAAGGCCCAGCAUGCCAGAAGUAUCUCCAGUACCCCGACAUCUCCAUGAGGAUGGGUUCAGAUCAAACCAUCUCAUUAUGCCUCUAGAAAACUCAUUUCCUGUCUAUCUCAAUAAACUUGGGGUAUAUUCCAUCAAACCCUUGGGGCAUCAAAUUCAGCAUUCUGCAAGAGACACAAAACAAUCUCUUCCUUCAUUUCAAAAUGCUCUAGCAUAUUGGCAUGCUCUACCCCAAUUUCUCUGUCCUCCAUUCACUUCUCCUUGGUAAAUAUUGUCACAAAGUAUGUAUUUAAGGCCUUGAUCACAUUUUCCACCUCCAAGCACAUGUUUGUCCCUUUAUCCUUGAGUGGCCCUACCCUCUCCCAAGUUAUCCUCUUGCUCUUGAUGUAUGCAGAGAAUGUCUUAGCACUCUCUGCAAUCCUACCUGCUGAAGACUUUUCAUGGCCUACUCUGGCUCUCCUAAUUCCCUUAAUAGAACAUAGAACAGUACAGCACAGGAACAGGCCACUCAGCCCACAAUGUUGUGCUAAACCAUCUAAAAGGCAAAUCAAAAACACCCAAACACUAAUCCUCUUACCUACACCAUGUCCAUAUCCUUCUGUCUUCCUUACAUCCAUGUGCCUAUCCAAACAUCUCUGUGACGUGAAUAAAGAUGUUAGCUGGCCUGGGCUGGCACCAGUGGGAUCAGCAGUUGGUCUGCCACUUGUCUUCAGGAGAAAGAGAGAUAAGGAAAACAAUGGAGCAGCAUUUGGAGAUGUUAAUGAAGGGAUGGGAGAGAGUAACGGAAGGACAGCUGUCAAGAUCGGCUCCCCCUUUGAACCCUGAACUGUUUGAAGUGAUGGACAGGCGAUACCUCAGCAGGGGGAUAAAAAGGGACAGGUUCGCUAAGGCAACACACACGACACCGGAGGUAAUGAGACCCUGGAAGCGGUGCGUCUCCCACAAGUCGGUGGGAAGUUUUGGAAGGCCAGUUGCGGGACCAGGUCAUAGAUGCACAGGGUGGGAAGGCACGAUCGGCAGGAACCUGGUGUGUGUCCGCCCUUGCCUGGGUGCCAGGUUCGCCACAGAGAAACGAUCGUAUCUGGAAACAGAGGGGUCACGGUCGGUGACCUCAGAUGACAUCACAAAGGGCUCGCACGAAAGCUGACUGCAAAGAAUAUCGAAGGUCUGUGUGGAAGCCGUUUUGAAUAUUCAUUCGUUUUGCUCUCUCUCUCCUCCCCCCCACUGUCCAUCUCCCAUGGCAGCGAUUACUGCGAACUGAACUGAACUAAAUUGAACUAAACUUUGCGUCACUUUGAAACUGGUCAUUUACCCCUAGACAACGAUAGAGCUUGAUUGAUUCUGUUAUCUUAAUUCUAUGUACAUGUGUGUUUAUCAUUGCUGAACUGUUGCAUUUAUUAUCCUUUUGAUUAGAGUACUGUGUUGCUUGUUUCUUUAAUAAAACUUUCUUAGUUCUAGUAAUCCAGACUCCAACUGAGUGAUCCAUUUCUGCUGGUUUGGCAACCCAGUUACGGGGUACGUAACAUAAGUGGGGUUCUCAUCCGCGAUUUUGAACGCUAAAUUUGGGACGGAGUAAAUUGAUUGGGUUAAAAUUCACGAAAGAAAGAAAAGACAAACAGCAGAAAUGGAGGCUGAGGAAUUUAUAAAGGCGCCGACCUAGGAGGCAUUAGAGGAUGCCAGGAAAUCGGAAUUGAUAGCUGUGGCCAAACGGUUGAAUCUUGCUAAGGGGAAGUCGACAAUGAGGAGAGAGGAGAUACACAGAGCUAUCGUAGAGCACUAUGUAUCUAAAGGUGUGUUUCCCCAAGGCGAGCUGGAGGUGGUGUCUAUUGAAAAACCUGCUGGAGACGCGGUACAGGUGCAGCUUGAAAAACUUGAGACUCGAGCACGAGUUCUGGGUACGGCAGUUAGAACACGAAGAGAAGCAGUUAGAAAGGCAGGAGAAAGAGAAACAGUUAGAAAGGCAGGAGAAAGAGAAAGAGUUAGAAAGGCAGGAGAGAGAGAGAGAGAGACAGUUGGAGCGAGAGGAGAGACAGAGGGAAAGGGAAUUCGAGCUGGGGAAGUUAAGGAUAAGGGCAGAGCAGGGGCUCGUGCCGAACCAAGGUGGAGGGUUCCGGGCGACCCUGGAGGUUAGGCUGGUUCCCCCAUUUGACGAUACCGACGUGGAUCGGUACUUUCUCCAUUUCGAAAAAGUUGCUACAAGUCAGGACUGGCCAAGGGAUAAGUGGGCUGUUUUGCUUCAGAGUGUACUGAAAGAGAAAGCCCAACAAGCUUACUCAGCUUUGUCCGCAGAAGAUGCCCAGAGGUAUGAGGUGGUGAAAUAAGCCAUCCUCAGGAUUUAUGAGUUGGUCCCGGAGGCAUACCGGCAGAGGUUCCGGAAUGCGAGGAAGCGGUGGGACCGCACGUAUUUGGAGUUUGCCCGUGAGAUGCAGACAUAUUGUGAGCGUUGGUGCGCCUCGAAGGGGGUAGAGGUGGAUUAUGACAGACUGCUACAGCUGAUCCUGAUUGAGCAGUUUAAAGGUUGUGUCCCUGAGGGUAUGAGACCCUACCUAGAUGAGAAAGAGGCAGCCACAUUAGCCCCAACUGCUAAGUUAGCGGAUGAGUAUGCGUUGGCGCAUAAAAUGUAGUUUGCCCCGAGUAAAGGCUACCAGAAGGGUAGUCAGGAUGGCGGGGAGAGUCCGCCAAAAAAGUCAGAAAGUAAGCCGGGGACUAGUCAGAAGGAUAAGGUAGACCAGGAGCAGUCUGGUAGGAAGUCUCCUGGGGUCGUCUGUUAUAAUUGCGGGAUAGUCGGACACUUUGCGUCCAGGUGCUUUGCCCCAAAGAAGGAGACGGGAAAAGGAAAAACGGCGAUUUUGACUGGCUGUAUCGAGCUGGUAAACGAACCGCUAGGAGAGGACAGGUCUGCCAAAGUUCAGGAAAGGGCGCGAGAGGUUUAUCUCGGCCGGAUUGGUGUCAGUGAAGGAGGGGUUAAAACCAGUUCCAGUGCGGAUUUGGAGAGACACGGGAUCGUGUCAGUCACUGAUACUGAAGAGUGUAUUAGAGUUUAGCUCAGAGACCCAGACUGGGGAGGUCAAGGUCAAAGGUAUUGGGGAAGGGACAGAGGCAGUCCCUUUGCACCAGAUACACUUACAAAGCAACCUGGUCUCUGGACUAGUCACGAUCGGGGUGAGGUCCGAAUUACUGAUGAAAGGCGUGGAAGUCUUGCUUGGUAAUGACCUCGCCGGGGGAAUCGUGUUCGAAGCAGUGAGAUUGACAGGUCAGCCUGCCAGCAUUGAGGCCCCGCCCAUGGACUCAUAGGUUCAUCACGGGACUGCGGUAGUAAAUUUAGCUGAGACGUUUCUGCUAGCCUUGUACGAGAAGGGGGUAGAAAGUGAAAAGAAGGAGUGUAGUGAAACAAGAGGUAGUGAGGGAGCUGAGACAGACUUAGCAUUAGCCAGGAAGGAAUUUGUGCAGACGCAGGAGCGAGACGAGGGGCUGAUGGUUUUGGCAGAGACAGCUCUCUCUGACACAGAAUUAACAAGGGAACCAGUAGACUAUUGUGUGGAGGAGGAAGUGCUAAGGAAGAAAGGGAAACCAAGUACCGUACCCACAGAUGAGGAAUGGGGGGUGGUGCAAAAGAGUUAUGGGGAUGAGAUUUUUAACCUAGCCCACAAGGUACCCCCCGGUGGACAUGUUGAGGUGCUGGAGGAAACAGUUGGUGGAAUCAUGAAAGAGGUUUACUGGCUGCACUGGAGGAAGGAUGUUAUUGAUUAUGGCCGAAGCGAACUGAGACGGUCACAGGCUUUAGAUAUGCUAACAAACCUAGUCGGUGUUAGCGCGGAAAUCAAUGAAGCUAGGGUCCUCCUGAUAAGAGAAAAAAACCAUUUUGAAAAGAUGAGUAUGGUAUCGACCAGAUGGGAGAAGGCUAUUGUUUUGGCCAGCUCUGCUGAUAAAGUCUCUCCCUCAAUCCCCGAACAAAGCAACUCUUUAGGAGAAGUAAUUAAACAACUCGCACACGUGUGUUUGAUUGUCCCGAGGCGAUGCAAAGAACUGGGACAUUGGGUGGUGUUUGUUACACUAGGCCAGCCUAGCAAGCAACAUCCCAAAAGAAUGAGUAAUUCAGUGACGAAAGGGCUGACGAACACAGAGGUGUGUAUUGGCGAUGUAAUACGGCUGUCUGAAGCCAGCUUGAUAGCGAAUCUUGAAAAAAAUGAGUUCGGCCACACGAAGGUCACUUACCUGGGAAUUGUGGUGACACAGGGGCAGCUGGCAGCGAUGCAAGUUAAAGUGCGGGCUAUCUCUGACAUCCCAACCCCGACAGACAAGAGGGCCCUCAGAAGGCUCUUGGAGAUGGUGGGGUACUAUAGGAAGUUUUGCAAUAACUCAGCCGUUACUACCCCUCUCCCUCCUACUGAGCCCUUGCGAGAGAAAACUAAGUCGGAAUGGGACGACCCUUGUUAUUGUGGUCCGGGACGAAACCCAGUGAGAGGUUACAUUGAUCGCAAUUCAUCAGUGUUUUUGGCCACUAUGAAGUUUGCUAAGUUGGAGCCUGGUCUAAGGGAUUAUUAAUAACACAUAUAAAAGGAACAGAAAAUGUGAUGGCUGACUGUCUGUCAGGUGUUGACAACUUCAAAUUCGCUGUAUUAGCCAAAUAGCUGAUAAAGAUGUAUAUUUGUGUGUAUCAAAUAAUGUAUUCAUGUUUGUAAUUUUUACCCCGGUAAAAAUCCUUAAAGGUGGGAAGUGUGACAAGAAUACACAUAAAUUAAGAUGUUAGCUGGCCCGGGCUGGCACCAGUGGGAUCAGCAGUUGGUCUGCCACUUGUCUUCAGGAGAAAGAGAGAUAAGGAAAACAAUGGAGCAGCAUUUGGAGAUGUUAAUGAAGGGACAGGAGAGAGUAACGGAAGGACAGCUGUCAAGAUCGGCUCCCCCUUUGAACCCUGAACUGUUUGAAGUGAUGGACAGGCGAUACCCCAGCAGGGGGAUAAAAAAGGGACAGGUUCGCUAAGGCAGGACACACACGACACCCGAGGUAACGAGACUCUGGAAGCGGUGCAUCUCCCACAAGUCGGUGGGAAGUUUUGGAAGGCCAGUUGCGGGACCAGGCCAUAGACGCACAGGGUGGAAAGGCACGAUCGGCGGGAACCUGGUGUGUGUCUACCCUUGCCUGGGUGCCAGGUUCACCGCAGAGAAACGAUCGUAUCUGGAAACGGAGGGGUCACAGUCGGUGACCUCAGAUGACAUCACAAACGGCUCGCAUGAAAGCUGACUGCGAAGAAUAUCGAAGGUCUGUGUGGAAGCCGUUUUGAAUAUUCAUUCGUUUUGCUCUCUCUCUCUUCCCCCCCCCCCCCACUGUCCAUCUCCCACGGCAGCAAUUACUGCGAACUGAACUGAACUAAAUUGAACUGAACUUUGCGUCACUUUGAAACUGGCCAUUUACCCCUAGACAACGACAGAGCUUGAUUGAUCCUGUUAUCUUAAUUCUGUGUACAUGUGUGUUUAUCAUUGCUGAACU